UGUUGUCGCCUAAUCUCUUCCACCUGUUCAUAUGAUAAAUUGAAUUUUUUACUCUCCGAAAUAUUACCAGUAAACGAAGGUAUAAGUCGAUGCGAGCACGAUGCCCGAUUCCAAGAAUGUGCCGGCGGCUUCUAGGCCUCCACCUAUCACAUACAAAAAUCCGAGACGAACCUCGGCCGAAACUUCAAUCACUCUACAAGCGCACCGCCUAGCUAGAGCACGACAUGUAUCUCCUGCUGCUGUUUACUCGAUCCCAAGAAGAAAUUCAUCGGGCGACAGCAACGAAACAAAACAGAGCGCUAAGAACUGGUUUGAAGCUUCGAAUCAAAACGCCAUGGCCAACAUGGACACUAGAGCAAUGGACCUCGAUCCUCCUUUUUACCAGAAAGAAACCGAUGACUCCAAUGAAGAUGGAGUAAAGUUUGGGGUAUCGUCACACAGUCCGGCAUACGAGUUUAUCCAGAGUCGCCUGCCAGAUUUUCGACCUGGGGUAGACUCGUCUAACGAAGAGUUCCGUUCGGUCAUAGACGACCUCACUGUCGAGAACAAACGCCUAAAGGAAGAAUUGAGGAAAUACAAACAAAUGGGACCGGAUUCGUUGCGGAGAGACAAACUAUUUGAGGUCAAGGUCCACGGUCUAUCUAGCAGGAAGAAGCGAGAAUUAGAGGCUGCACUACGCGACUUUACGACCGGGCUUGAGGAUUCGAGUACCGGAGCCUCUCCGGGCCGCAAGAAGACCUCUAGCAAGUCAAAGAACAAUCAUUCAUCGCUAUCUAAACAUGCGUCUUCAUCUUCGGGCACCGGGUCGAACUCGAAACCCGUCGAUUCGGCUUACGCAUCUAUGUCAACCGGCCCGAGUUCGUCCGUCCCUUCGCUUCCCGGCCAGGCCAAAGCUGCGCGACAACGAAACGAGCAGAAAAUUGAAAAUUAUCUACGGGACAUCCCGGAAGGUCUAUGGCCGCGACCUACUAUCAUGACCGAGAAGGAGAAGAAGAAGCUUGUAGUCAAGCGGCUCGAACACCUUUUUACAGGCAAGAUGGGUGACCCGCCCCAACACGUUCAACUAUCUCUGGUACCUGAGCUCAUUGAUGAAGACGUUCAAAUGGAAGGAACCGACGACAAGUUUAUGCCUCCAGCACCUCCAACUACUGAUACUACAAGAGAGGCCAAGAUCCGACCGCGCCAGCUGAGACGGAAAGAAAGCAGCUCGCGCGACAACGGGUCCGCAUCAAACUCACACUCGCACUCCAAUUCCCAUUCGAACGGCGAUCAGACCGAACCCAGGGACAACGGUAACGGCAGCGGAAGCGGUAGCGGGCAUGCGAGCGGUGCAGGGCGUGGUAACAACACGUCACCUCACAUGGCCAUGCCACCCCCUGAGCAGCGUCCGACGAGGCCACGCGACUUGGACCCUGAUCGCAGACAGGUACCAUCAGAGAACAUGGAUUAUAUACGUCAUCUCGGGCUGGUAGCGCCCGAAUCGCAGCAGCAGUUUUCUGCAAGGGAUGUAUCGCCAGAUGCGGAAGGUUGGGUAUAUCUGAACCUGCUGUGCAAUUUAGCGCAGCUGCACAUCCUGAAUGUUACCCCGGCUUUCAUUCGCAAUGCAGUAUCGGAGAAGAGUACCAAGUUCCAACUUUCGCCAGACGGGCGCAAGAUCCGCUGGAGAGGUGGAGUCGAAGGUACAAAAUUUAGCAGCGACAGUGGGAGCAAUUCCCAGCGUAACCAAUCAAGUGAUGACACGGACGGAUCGAACGAUCAGGAGCAGAGGAAAAAACAGAAAACUCAAGGGUCUGGAAAUGACGUCACCGCGCACAAACCUUCGAAAUUCGGAUUAGGCGUGCAGGAUUCCAAUUCAUCCGAGAGUUUCCACUACAAACCCUUAUUCGUCCACCAGCAAACAUCUUCUUCCGACGAACAGCCAUCCGCGGGCGACGAGACCGGCUCGUCCUAUGGACCGCCCGAGGAGAGUAAUUUGGGUAUGAAUUCUCGUUGGGGACAGAGUGGUAUGUCGGGGGUCUCACCACGCAAGCGCCGUCGCGACGGUGCAAUCAUCUAUUACAGUGGGGCGCCCUUCUGCACAGACCUCUCGGGAGAUUUUGGCGAGGGGGAAGAGUCCCCCGCAACGUACGAUAUGACAUCAUCGGGUGACAGGGGUAACCAAAGUAAUCAGGGUCCAGUCAGCCUCGGCAUCAGCCGUCCACAAUUUAGCCGUUCUACCUCAGGAUCGUUGCUACCUUUUAGACCGCUCAGUACUCUACCCGGUUCUCGCGAUGCAUUGAUGGAUCUGGAUGGACAUGAUCUUCCAGAUCUAACCUCAGGUGAGACCGACGAUGACAUAGAUGCCGAUUUCCCCUGGUCGGAAUACAGCCAGCAUACAUCACUAGUGAAUUUAGAGGCAAGUGGUUUAGGUGGUAUCUCUCCCGAAGAUCAUUUUGUCGUUGUCGUAUCAACGCGACGACCGAAGCGGCCGCGUUAUGACGAAGAUAGUGGUUCCGAUGACGACGAUGGCGAACCUCCGACGAGGCGAUCGAGGAUUGUCGAGCGCCCAAGCCAAGAGACGACCGACUCAAAAGUCACGACAGAGUGUAUCAUUAAUAAGUUAGCUACCAUGACGACCGGUUCACCAUUGCCAUAUCAUAUCACAGAUAUCGUUGCGCACCCGAUUCGGAUUGAUUACCUUAACGGCAGGGUUCGUCGCCUACCUCCUGUACCUCUGCCACCUCCCGCCUUCUACUUCCCCGCCGGCGAUUCCGACCUCGACGAUGAUGAUGAAAGCGCCGACGAUGCCUCCUCAGAAAGUCUAAUGAGUAGGCGAGCCAUAGUAGAGGACGACCCGGGUUCAGAUGUUGAUCUAUCUGGGAAUGAUGAAGAAGAUGAGCAUUCUGACGAUGGCCGAGGCUACGAUGCUAGUGGCAGCAUUUCGCCCGAUAAUAUGGAUGAACUUCCUGAUGUUAGCGAGUUUCAGCGAGGUCGUAGCGGAAAGAUCUCGCAAAUAUCGAAAAUGACUACCGGGAGCUCAGCAGCCACUGCUGGUGGGGCUCCAAGUGGCUAUAAUAGUAGUACGGAAGAAGACACUUAAAAGUACCGCUAACUCUUGCUGGCGUGUUCACCUCUUUUCUGGGCAAGCGCCGAGUGGCCUCGAUGCCUGUAAUAGAUUUAUUUUGAUUUACAUCAUUGCACAUUUAUUUGGCCGGCGCAAUGGUGGGCGAUUCUAUUUCCAUGAUAUCAGAGUACUUUACGUUAGGUAGCGAUCAGAGGGAAUUAGGUGUGGAGAGAAACCUGGGACUCAGGUUAAAUGGCUCAUUACGUUAGCAUUCUGUGGAAUUAGCAGGGGAACAAUGAGACUCCAAUUCAUGAUUCAUACCAUUGAAGCUUGCUUUUACAUGGUUUUGGUGAUUCCGCAGUAAUAUCACGUACCAGAGGAUAUGAAUAGGACUAGAAAUUUGACUACAGACUUCUGCACAUCA